AUGGAAUCGCAGCUGCAGGCAACUGCUGCGUCAUCAGAUGCUGCGUCUGGGGGCGGCUUCAACAGGUACUGCUCAGCAGAAGCCGCGCCAUCAGAAGGGGCGACACGGCCAGGAGAGGCGCCACGAUCAAGCGAAACGGCACUCUUAGGAGAGGCAAUAGCGCAAUCGCGAGAAACAGCACGAUCAGCAGAGGCAGCGCCGUCAGGCGAAGGCACACAAUUAGGAGCAGCAAGCGCAGAUGCCACGAGCAAUCUCUUCGGGGCCGCUGCGCCACCACAUGCAAGUUCUGGCUUCAGCGUAUCUGUGCCGGAUGACACACGACCGGCUCCUGCAACAAACGUGGCAGCAGCCAGCGUCGGACAAACCGCAGCUGCGGCUACAGCUGCUUCGGCAGCAGCUGCUGCAGCUGGCGUGGCGCCUUUUGCGUUGGUUCGAGAUUUGUUGCCGCAGCGGGGAUGCUGUUGCUGCUCUGUGCAAGUCCUAGGCUUUGCCUCUGACAGUCUAAGGCGACAGCCCUCAGGAGCACUCGUGAGGACCACUGAGGUCCUCGUCGGAGAUGAGACGGGAGUCGUCUUGCUGCUCGUCCAGUCAGAUCGCCAUCGCCGUCUCUGCCAGCCGGGUUCCACCGUCUUGCUGCUGAACGCACUUGUUUGCUGCGUUGCUGGAUUCGUCUGCCUCCGCCUCCCA